CGUCGCUUAAAUUGCUUGAGCCUGUCAGUGUCUCGCGCGCUCACCUGCACUGGGACUUUAUCAUACGCAGGUUUCUAACAGGGGUCCUCGAGCCCUGCUCCUCGAGCCCUGCUCCUCGCGCUGCCUGAACGCCAGGUGAUGUGGAUUAACUGACAGUGUGCGUGAGGAAGGCGCGGCUUCUUUUGCGACGCUUUUUCGAACUUGUUCCACGUCCAGGACGGUGUGUAUGGACGGACGGCUCGCCCUGUGCGCAGGAGGGGAUUAGAGAGGAGAUACCCGCUACACGGAGAUGAAGACACAUCACACUGGUCCUCUGCAGCAGAACGAUGGACGGAGGGAAAGCAGAGAAGGACUGUAACUGGAGCCCUGAUACACAGGGCGGAGAGCAGGUAAAUGGAGGUGCAGGACAGGAGCCGCUCCCCGUCCCGUAGGACCAGCCGAGUGGAACAGGUGGUGGGACGAUGGCUGAGACGGUCCCGAGACUUGGGCAGCAGGUCCCACUCUCUGAGCAGAGAACGGGCUGCAGCGGAUGGGAAGACAGAGUCCAGUGGCUCCGAUCAGAGGAAUUACCCAUUUCGCUUCAAUGUUCAGAUCCAACGAGACCCGAGGCUCAACUCUCAUGGCCUCACUUUGUCCUCCCAGACACCCAUACUGGUGCAGGAGGUCACCCCAGGUGGUCCUGCAGAUGGUCGGCUCGUCCCUGGUGACCAGCUUGUGAAGAUCAAUAACGUUGCUGUCGAUGACCUGACCCCGGAGCAAGCUGCUGAAAUAAUCAGGGAGUGUCAAGACUCGUUGACAAUGACCGUCCUCAGAACGAUGCUGGGCCCAAAGUCAUCAUUCAUCACACCAGAGAAGAGGGCCAAGCUCAGGUCCAACCCUGUUAAAGUUCACUUUGCCGAGGAGGUGGAAGUCAAUGGACACUCUCAGGGCAACUCACUGCUCUUCCUGCCUAACGUUUUGAAGGUGUAUCUGGAGAACGGGCAGACCAAGGCCUUUAAAUUUGAAUCAACCACCACAGUGAAGGAUAUUGUGAUGACACUGAAGGAAAAGCUUUCUCUGAGCCGCAUUGAACACUUCUCCCUGGUGCUGGAGCAACAACACAGCAUCACCAAACUACUGCUGCUACAUGAAGAGGAGAGCAUACAGCAGGUGGUGCAGAAGAAAGAGGCCCAUGACUACAGAUGUCUUUUCCGUGUUUGUUUCAUGCCCAAAAACCUCCAGACACUGCUGCAGGAUGAUCCCACUGCCUUUCUGUACCUCUAUCUGCAGGGGGUGAAUGAUGUUCUGCAGGAGCGUUUUGCAGUAGAGAUGAGGUGUAACACUGCCUUGCGACUGGCUGCACUGCACAUCCAGGAGAGGCUGGCAAGUUGCGGACAGUCACCAAAGACCAACCUGAAGAUUAUCACGAAGACGUGGGGCAUAGAGAACUUUGUGUCAUCUACCUUGUUGAGAAACAUGCGAGAGAAAGAUCUGAGGAAGGCCAUCGCCUACCACAUGAAAAAGAGCCAAUCACAGCAUGAUCCCAAGCAGAAGGGCCAGUCAGUCGAUCAGACACGGAUAAACUACCUGGAGGAGCUGAGUGAUCUCAAGUCAUUUGGAGGGAAAUCCUUCAGUGCCACCAUGAUGCUCCAGGACAGGGAGUCAAUGGUGACCUUGUUGGUGGGGGCACGCUACGGGGUGAGUCAGGUGGUCAACCACAAACUAAGCAUCCUGUCCACCCUCACAGAGUUUACCAGCAUCACACGCAUCGAACUGCUGCCCGAAUCUGACAAGGUCAGCCUGGUCAAAAUAUACCUGCAGGACAUCAAGCCCAUCACUUUGCUAUUGGAGUCAGCAGCAGCCAAAGAUAUGUCCUGUCUAAUAGCAGGGUACUGUCGAGUGUUUGUUGACCCAAACCUCAACAUCUUUCCCUGGAUAGAUGAGUCCAAGAAACACAGAGUGUCUGCUGAGGAAGGUUAUGUGUCAAGGUGUGGCAGUGACUCAGAUACCUCUUCAGACUUGGACAUGGACACCCAGGUGUCUCAGGGCAACAAGCCCCGCCCUCGAAUCAGAUCCUCAUCAGACCCAGAUGGAAGAAAACGAAAAGACAAAGACCGCAGGAGAAACAAAGAUGGCAAAGAAAAGGGAGAUAAACCCUGGGGGGAUAAGAAGCAAAAGGAAGAAAAGGAUGCUGACACCGAAAAGGAAAAGUGUCCGAAAGAUAAAAAUAGAGAGGGUAAGAAUAAGGAUACAGAGCACAGGGAGGAAACGGAGAGAGUGCAGGAUAGUCAGCAAAAACAGAUCAAUACAACUAACAAUGAUUUGGGGGGAAAAGUGAGACAAGAAGGUGGUGGAGAGGUGCGAGUAGCAGAGGAGCAGCCAUCAGUAUCUGAGGCAUCAGAUUCUUGUCAGUCUGACUCUCGUGUCCUCACCAGCCCCUCCAGUGACUCCCUUGAUGCGUUGGAAGAAGAUGACUUAAUUUCGUGUUCUUCUUCUUCCAUGCACCCUUAUGCUCCAUCACAAACUCAUGCUCAUCAGCUUCACCCCUACUCUCAUGGGCACAUUCAGCCAAACUUCCUCGUCCCUCCACCAGCUCACUCCCAUCCCUUUAUCCACCUCCCAACACAUGACAGAGGGGAAGGGGGCCACAGAAGGUCAGGCGACGGAGCUGAUCCCCAACUGCUCACACCCGUCUCCCCUUCUGAGACCCUUCACCACGUUCAAAAGUGUUCAGGUAACCCGUGCUCUGAUGACAGCUCCCUGUGUUUCGCUGAGCUCUCCCGCCUUGUGGACUUCCUGCCAAGUCCUCCAGAAGCCAGUGAGGAUGAUGAAGAUGAAGAAGAGGAGUUGAGAAGGAGGAGAAGGAAGAUGCUGAAAGAAAUGGAUGAGUUAGUGAGAAGAGCAGGUGAAGGUGUAAGUGUAAGUGGGGAGGGUAGUUUUAACGAACAUCCAUUAUCUCCUUCCACGUCCUCCCCCUCCUCCAACAUGGAGUUUGUGUUUAACUUCGACCAAAGCGACGCCAGCUGCUACUACAAACUCUGCUCCAACAUCACCCCCGACAGCGCUCGUAGUCUUCCCCACCCUGCGCAACCUAAUGAGGGAGAAGAUUGGAAGGAGGUGGAGGGCGAUCCGUCUAAGGCAGUUGAACUGGAGCCUAUCCCCAUCCUUCAGCCACCGCCUGGCUUUGGAGACAGCAGCUCUGAUGAGGAGUUCUUUGAUGCCAGAGAUCGCUUCACCUCACCUGAAGACCCAACUUCAGGGGCUAUGCCAAGAGAUAUUUGCACAGAGAUGAAAAUGGACUUCCUCAGUACACUCAGCCUCAGUGACAUCAAAAUCUUUGUGCCUGACACAGACAAAGACGGAAAAGCAGAAGACAGAAAAGGAGGAGAUGAAGAGGGAGGAGGCAAGGAAACAUUGUUCCAGCUCAGAAAAAGAUCCCGCAAGCGUCGUUCCUUCAUGGAAACUGAUUACACCUCCAGAGUGUCAUAUCCAGAGCCAGAUGCAGAAUCAAGGCAGGACCUGGUCUCUAGAAGGCUUCAUACAAAUCUUUUGACAGAAGCAAAUGAUACACAGAUGUUGAGUUCAGAUCCUGAACCUUCAGAUCAAACCCAGAAUCCCAGUCCUACUGUCUCCUCCCUCACUCACUCUGAAGGAGAACCAGCUCAGCUCGAGUCAAAACCCAUCCUGUCCAAACCCUGUUUGCAUGGACCUGGUUCUCCUUGUGGUUUGGGCUCUCAUCAGCAGACUAGAGACCUACAGCCCCCUUCCAGGACCAGGAAGCAAGAAAUGGAGAUGGAACCUGACGCAAUGGAAUCCAAAUCGGUCACAGAUCUACUGAAGGCAGCAUCUCCUACUAUCAUCGUUGUCCGCUGCCGGGUGGAUCCAGACGGCAAGGAGUGUGCUGAUCGGAGGGGUGAUGGAAAAGAGGAAGGGGGAGGACAGGAGGAGAUGGGUGAGGGGAAAGAUGAAGGAGAGAAGGGGGAGUCAACAGGUGUGUCUGGAAAUGGGCCAUUCACUAGUCACAUGUUUUUGCCAGAAAUCACUGAGGUGGCAGGUAAGGGGGAAGAGGAGAAGAAAGACGGGGUGAGAGGGUCCACAACCAGUUCAAAAAGACCUCUCAUAGGUGCUGAAAGGCAGCCAGAGGCCGACACACUGCCUACAUAUUUGAUCGAUGUGAGUAAAAAGUGUAGUAAUGGCCUUUUGGGAGCCCAUCUGAUUGCCCUAGAGCAAAACUCAUGUGUAGAGGAACUUCAUGUGCUUGAAGGUGUGUGUGAAAAGUCAAAUCCUCCAUCAUACUCACCACCAUCCCCUCCACCCUCAACCCCUCUACCUCCAACACAAGUAGUUCAUAAAUCCCAAAGUAGCUGUUUGUGGCAGGAAGAAGGGGACAGCAAAAAUACAGGAACCUCAACCCAAAAAUCUUCAUCUUCUGAAGAGAUGCCACCUUGUCAGCAAAAUCAGACAGCACAAUUACAUUUAGAAAUCAGCCCCUGUGUUUAUGAGGAUGAAGCCAUCGGAGUUGUUGAUUCUGCUGUUACUAUUAGCGAUGAAGUUACUGACAGCACCAGUUCAGACAAUGUUUUCGAUGAUGACGAAGUGAGUAAUUCCUUAACGUCUAGCUCAUGUGACAAGAAAUAUGACUGGACUACAAAGCAUUGCAUCAGUCCUAAUUCAACUACAGCAGAUAAUGGUGAUUCUCAAAUUACUAUCAAGUCUCAUACCAACACUGAAGCUCAGACAAGAAUCCAACCUGUUAAUUCUGAUUAUACUCGUACUAUAAACGCUAUCACUGCAAAGCUUGGAGCUGCAACAAGUCUCACAUCUCCUACAUUUAACUCAGGCACUAGAUUGAAAAGUGAGGUCCCACAUGAAAAUGCUUCAUGUUUGAAUCAAAAUGUAGACAAACCCAGUGAUGAUUCCACCAUGCCAGGUGCUGGAUCUAAAGAUAGUUUAGCUAGUCCUAGUUUAGCGAAAGUUAUCACAGCCACAAUCCAGAAUCUCUCCAAAGACCCUCCCUCUCCAACUCACUUCCUCUUCCAGAGCUGUUCCCCUAGCAUUAUGGGUCGCUUAUCAGCUUCCACACUUAGGGGGAAGAUUCAGAAAUUGCCCCUAUACUUAUCAAGAUCCCAGGAAACCCUCAAUCAAACUGAGGUAGGGAAUGUAGUUCAAAGUCCUGCUGAGGAUAACAGUAGAGGCAACGUUGAGAUCACCAUCACAGACGUCCAUGAUAUCACACAAACAAUAGACAUGGAAACAGGCACAACAGCAGAAUCAGUGGAGUCAGACGAUUCGGAUACAACGGUUACAGGAUCAGAGGUGGAUGGGGAAUUUUUUGUUGAAACAACCUCAGUAAAAAGUUUGACAGAGGAGACUGAAGUAAGCUCUUCAUUGCCUGUCCAGACUGAGCCCAAAUCCCAGCAACGAGAUCAGCUUCUGUACACUGGACAGAACACACCGGGACCAAUAACACAACCUCCAGUCUCCAUAGCAAACAGCCUCCAAAGAGACACUUCAGGCCUAAAGAUGGACACCCCUGGCCCUGUAAAAGAUGCUUCACCUUCUAUGCCCGCACCGAUAGUGGUGACAACACAGAAUAUAAAUGGGCCAGGACUCCCUUUUCAUAGUCAGUCUCAGAAAGUAAUACGGACCAGUAGCGACAGGCCUUUGAUGGGUCUUUGUAGACCUACAGAGCAGAAUUCAGACUCAACAAAAACACUUUCUUCAGGCUGCAGGGUAUUUACCAUUUGUGAGGACCCAUCCCAGACAAAGCCCACACCUGAGGUGGGGAUUACCCCACCCUUGAAGUCUGAAUUUGGUUGCAGUUCUGUGCUAACAUCCGGAUGUGAGUCAGUUAUGGAAGGGAUGCAGAUUCCACUGGAUGCUUGUGGUUGCCCAGUGGUCUAUACCAAUUGCUUCAGCGGCGGGGACAGCUUUGAUGAGGAGCUGACAGUGUACGAGUUCUCCUGCCGCACACAGAGCAGCAGUGUGACUCCUGGAGUAAGUCUUCCUCUCAUGACCUCACCGCCUGUUCCCUCCUUAUUUGCCACGUCCUCCAUCAACUCUCCAUCCUUCUCAAAUUCCAUCCUUUUCUCCUCCUCUACCUCUGAGCUCAGCCCUCUUCUCUCACCACUGUCUGACGCCUCUGACUGUUUCCUGUCCCAAACACACAAGGACACCAUCAGUCGACUGGGCCAGCAGUGUUACCCAGAGCCCCCGGCAGGUUUCCAAGUACUCCGUGUAGAUGUGGACCAGCUCCUUUCUAUUCUGGAAAGUAGUGGUGCUGAACGAUCUUUGGCAGGCCAUAGAGGUCGCCACGCAAGGGACACCUGCCCUGCCCACUUUACAGAGAACAAGCGGGUGCUCCAGAUAGAGGCACGGCGGCUGAUGUCAGGCUGCCAGAAGGUGGUGGGGAUCGGACAGAGCCCAGAGGAAAUGCUUCACUCACUGGCCAACAGUUUCCGGACCCUGGUGGAGUUGGCAGGUAUCUGCCUCUGGUUCUCUGGUUGCAACAGGUGUGACCGAAGGAAUGCUGAGGCAGUUGCAGGUCUGGCAGAUGUGGCUCGCUCAUUCAGGGACUUCUGUCUGGCAGCAGAGCGAGCCAGCAGCAAGCGCAGCUGCCAGGACCUGAGCACCAAGCUGUUAGCCAAACAGUGCACCGCCCUCACCGCCUCCGUCUUCUGCCUCACUCAGCUGUUCCGCACCCUCACUGCACUAUGAGCGGACAAAAACCUCUGAAGUCUUUGAAAUGACCUUCAAGCACUUUGGGGUGUGAGGUCAGCAUUGAGCCCACAACUGCUGCAGAUGUAGCAGAGUGUGACCCAGGACAGUCAUGUUUAGGAUGGGCAGAUGGGCAGUUAAGUUGAGGAUACCUCAGAAACACACUGGUGUGACUGAGCUCCAUGACAGCUCAAGGGAUCACAUCAAACUCACCUUCAUAGAAUCAGUUUGAGAUUGUUAAGGUGCAUGUGGUUACUGACUAUAUGGUAUGCACCAACUGGAGCCCACAAACCAAACUGUCAGCCUACAACCAGACUGUAGAGUGGCACAUGCUGCAAAAGCAGAACCUGCUUGCAUUCCAGUAUUGAGGAACUGCUGUACUUGAAUGUAUUCUAUGUUAUCUAUUAUGUUUAUUUAUUCAUUAAUUUAAUUAAUAAGUUACUACAGUAAGCAAGUAAGGAAUGUAAAGACAAUGAAGGGAGACUGAACAUUUUACAGGCAAAGCUUUAGAGUGAGAGUAGUGGGCCUUUUACACAUACAUAAGCACACAACCUCAAAUACACAGAGUGAAUCAGUAUUUGAUUCUGUUCAUACACAGGCCUUUUGUUUGACUGACUGAUCAUGUGAAGAUAAACACUGCAGUUUGCUGAUGCUUAUAUACCUUUAUAUCUAUCUGUCAGUGAGGACUUCUUUGAAUGUCACUGUUUACAAAACCAAAAAUUAGAGCGAGAACUGAUUUCAUCAAAUCAUAGAAUUCAAGCCUGAAGCUGUGUUUGCCACUUUAUAAAUCUAGUAGCAGAAUGCUGAUGUAUGCAUAUUAUGUGACUUCAUGAAACAGUUUGGAUGAGGUACAGUCCUUUGCACAUUCAAUUUUGCACAGACAUUCAGUAUGAUUUAUUGAAAUGUAAUACAUCUGUUAAUUUUCUUUCUCUCUUUGAUUUGUUAACACUCUCUCUCUCCACCUCCAGUCAAAUCACUGAACCCUCCGGUGCAUGGUGAUGUGGCUGUCAACUACCAGUCUUUUCCAUACACUGUACAUUCAUUAUUUUUUUUAUAUUUAGUACUAACAUGUUCAUUGAGAACAUGAAUCUCUAAUCUAUGGGAGAUUUGGCAAACGUUUCCAAUAGAUAUUCAUGGUAUGCUAUAUAGAUUUAUGAGAAUGAAAGGUUCCAGCAAUUUGCAACCUUUUCAUGAUCAUAAAAAAUCCUGCACACCUCUCUGUGAGCUUUAGGGACAUUCAGGAAAAAAAACUUCCAUGUCCCUUACACUAAGUGCAUUAUUACUACAGAUUUCCCAGUAUGACCACAAAUAGUGAUAAACCAGUGGCUGGAUAUGGGCACAUGUAGCCCAGGCAGUGCAGGGUUACAGUGCGUGGCACUGUUUGAUAUCUGUCGAACUGACCCAGUCAUUGGUUGACAGCCCACCACUGCAGUUCUUUAAACUCAACACACUUGUCACAAAAUCAUGUACAACACUGAUUUACGCAAAGCUGUCGCAUUACAGCAUUUUCACUUGGAAUGUUUCUUAAAAAUAAAAAGGACUGAUGCACACCAGACCUGCAUGUUCACUGGGGAAAUGAAAGUUAUCAGAAAUAAUUUCACCACUGCAGUACUGGGAACACAAUUUAUUGCAAACAGUGUUUCUAUAUAUAUUUAUAAUGGCUAAUGAAACACUUUAUACGUUAACUUGUCUUGUUUUGUUCCCUGUGCAACAGAAUAACAUUUCCUGUAUUUUAUUCCCAAUUUGCAGCAAAGAAUAACUGAAUUAUUUUGACCUCCAUGAAUAAAUUACCCCAAAGAAAUUAUGGAAAACUUUUUUUUAAUCAUCUGUGCUCACAAAGCAUGCUGUAAUAAGCCAUAAAAUGAAUGCAUUGUUGUUUUAUCAGGGAUUUUAUCUGUGAAUGACUGAAUGAUGACGUCUGCUCUUGCUUUGUAAUGCUCAACUCCCACCAUUAAAAACAAUGUCAAGAU